AUGGCAUCGCAGGCGUCGAGGUUGGAUCGUCACGUGAUCCUAUUGGAGAGCGGCUCGACACAGGUGGUGCGCAACGUGGCGGCCGACCAGCUGGGGGACCUGGCGCGGCAGCACCCGGACGAGAUCCUAGUGCUGCUGUCGCGGGUGUAUCCGUAUCUGCUGAGCCGGCGGUGGGAGACGCGAGUGACGGCGGCGCGCGCGGUGGGAGCGAUCGUGGCACAUGCGCGGCUGUGGGACCCGAACGGCGAAGGCGGGGAGCUUGCGGGGGAGGAGACGCGGCAACUGGAGGCGCUGGGGCGGUACGAGUGGCGGGGGCUACAGGACGACAGCGCGCUGUACAGCCUGGCGCAGUGGGAGCUGGGCAAGAUCUUCAAGGCGGGGCGGACGCUGCUGGCGGCUCGGUCGGACGCGUACGCGGCGGAGGAGAGCAAGAAGCAGGCCGUGCUGGCGGAGUACGUGCUGGAGCCGGCGGUGAAGCGGGAGGGCGUGGAGGCGCCGAUGUCGCCGGCGGAGUCAAAGAAGAGCGCACGCAUGCUGGCGAUGGCGAAGCGGCGGCGCAAGAUCCAGGCAAAGACGACAUCGAAGAAGCCGCUGGACUUGUCGCAGUCGUCCGUGGCGCGCAACCUGAUGAACCAAGACGCCGCGGCAGACGGCAGCAACGAGGACGAGGAUUCCGGUAAUAAUAAUAAUAGCAGUAACCAUAAUAAUAAUGAUAAUAAUGAUAGCAGUCACAGCAACACCGCGUCCCCGCAGCAGGUGCCGGUGCAGCUGAACAACCCUCGGCUGGAGAUUACAGAGCAGCCGGACUCCAACAAAAUUAUGAUAGAGUCGAUGGUAGCGCCAUUGCUGGAGAAGCAGCAGCGCGUGAGUGGUCUUGUGUGGCAAUUCCAAGGUAUUUUUGAGCUGUUGCUGGAUAAUUUAAUGAACGAUUCAUGGGAAAUCCGCCAUGGGGCGGCUCUGGGUAUUCGGGAGAUUGUCAAACGCCACGCCACUGGCGUCGGGCGCAUAAAGGGCAAGACUAGGCAGGAGAACGAUCUGCGAAAUAAAAGGGCAUUGGAAGAUUUGGCGACACGGCUGCUGACCAUAUUUGCACUAGAUAGAUUUGGCGACUUUGUGAACGAUACCGUGGUGGCCCCUGUGCGCGAGUCAGCAGCUCAGGCGCUUGCAGCGCUACUGAUUCAUUUGGAGGACGAUUUGUCAGUGAAGAUUUUCAGCGUGUUGGAGCAGCUUGUCCUGCAGGAUCCGAGGUACGUAGGCUCCCCGACUAAAAUAUGGGAGGCCACGCAUGGUGGUCUCCUCGGCAUUCGAUACUUCGUAUCGAUCAAGACAGAUUUUCUGUUUACCAACAACCUCCUGGACAAUGUGGUAAACAUUGUAUUAUAUGGUUUAAAUGAACGGGAUGAUGACGUCCAGAGCGUUGCAGCGGCAAUUUUAACACCAAUAACGUCUGAGUUUAUUAAACUGGAACCCUCAACGAUAGAUCUGGUUGUAUCCGCUAUCUGGAACUCGCUCUCUCAAUUAGAGGACGAUCUGUCGUCUAGCGUUGCGUCCGUUAUGGAUUUACUAGCAAAGCUUUGCCAGCACCAGGAGGUCCUUGACGUUUUACAUCACAAAGCUUCUACGCACCCAAUGGAAUGGUCGUUCAAAUCUUUGGUACCUAAGCUAUAUCCAUUCUUGAGAAAUACAAUCACGAACGUCAGAAGGUCUGUUUUAAACCUUCUACAAGCAUUUUUGUCCAUUGAAGAUGAGACUUCGAAGCAAUGGAUAAAUUCAAAGAUCUUUAGGCUAAUAUAUCAGAAUAUUUUAUUGGAACAGCAUGAUGAUAUUUUAGAGCAGUCAUUUCACGUUUACCGUACUAUGCUUGAAAUUUACAAGAGUAAAAAUCCAGAUAAAAGUUUAGAUCAUAUUUUCAGCAAGCAUCUCGCCCCUAUAUUGCAUCUCUUGAUUACUCCAAUUGGUGAGCAAGGAAAGAAUUAUAGCAUGGAAGCACAAUAUCUUUUGAAGCCCUCACAAAGCUAUCAGUUUAAUACCGAGAGGAAAAGGUCAAGCAUGACAGCUUUAAAUAAAUCCGAUAUUCCCAUGCCACUCCAUACUGAGCAUGUUAAUAUUGACGCUCCAAUGAUAGCAGGGGAUGUUACUCUAUUGGGCGCAGACGUCAUUUUUAAGACUAGGGUCCUUGCUGCGAAGGCCCUAGGCUAUACCUUAGCUGCAUUUCAGGAAUCUACGGUUAAGUCGUUUUUUGAAACUGCUUUGCUGAGUUGCCUGGAUUUGCCAUACGCGACACCCCGGAUGUUAGUCAGUAUAACCGUUGCAGAAUAUUGUUCUAGGUGGACAUUCCUGCAUCCAGAAACAGCGUUUCCUCCAAGUUUUGUUGCUGAUUACUUUGGUCCGAUAUUCAUGGAGUAUUUGUUUGAUCCAUCUAAGCUGCCUGUCUUCAGAGAAUUGGUGCCAAGCCUCAAAGCACUGAGAACGCAAUGUCAAAGCUUGAUGACCACUUUUGUCGAAGUCGGCAUGCUUUCUCCUCAACGACUUCCUCAAUUGGCCAUAAUUGUGAAGGGAGAGGCCGAGGCGGGCCCUGAAGCAUUCUAUAUUGAAACUGCCGAAAAGGUAUGUGAUGAGCACUAUGAAAAACUGUAUCAGUAUAUGUCCAACUCCUGUAAGAUUUUGGCAAAAAAACCGUUGGAAGAUGCUCGGUACCGCAUUCAACAAGCUAUUGAUGUUGCAAAGGAAGUCAGGAGAUCCCGCAAUUCGAAUAUUUUAGCAAGUUACGCAUCGGCAACGCUUUUGUUCGAUGGGUUGCCAAAGAAGUUAAACCCAUUUAUUCGCUCUUUAAUGGAUAGUAUCAAGGAAGAACAGUGUGAAAUCCUACAAAAGCGUUCUGGAGACUCGGUCAUUUAUUUGAUUAUGGAGUUAGUAAAGAAUGGGAAGGUGAACGUUGCAAACAAAGUUGUGAAAAAUCUAUGUGGAUUCUUAUGUGUGGAUACCGCUGAAGUACCUGAGUUUUCUCCUAACAUGCAUUAUACGGAUUCGAUCUUAACCCUAAUCAGAGAAGCGAACUCUUUAGCAGUUCAAGAUAAUGCAUCAAUUAAAUUAAUGACUAAGGAAGCACAAAUAAAACGUCGGGGCGCCAUGCACACCUUAAGUUGUCUGUUGUUGCAACUUGGGCCUAACGCUUUAACACAAGUACCGCAGUUGAAAGCGUCGAUCUUUGAUCCUUUACUCUCAUUUGGUGAUCUUGAUUCUGAUAGUGAUUCGAUUGAGCCAGAAGUUGGUCAACAACUCGUGGAUGCAUUAGGAGUUUUGAGGGCACUGUUCACGUACAUGGAUCCAGUAAUUCAUUUGGAACAUGUGUUUACGCGGUUACACGAUCUCUUAAAAUACCUGACUUCACGCUACUCCGUCGUACGUUACUCUGCUGCGAGAACACUGGCUGAAUUGGCAGUAGCCAAUCCAACUCAGGUUAUACCCUUCAUUAUUAAAGAGGUACUUCCACUCAUGAACAAUGCCGGCUCUGUAAUUGCCCGGCAGAGUGGGACAGAGUUGGUAUACCAUCUUUGUCAAUCUAUGGGAAGCGAUAUUCUGCCUUACAUUGUGUUCUUGGUUGUGCCAUUGCUAGGCAGGAUGAGCGACCCUGCUCCUGACGUACGCAGUUUAGCCACUACAACAUUUGCGUCUAUCAUUAAGUUGGUACCAUUAGAAGCUGGGAUUGCUGACCCUGAAGGGUUACCAGAGGAACUGUUAAGAGGACGGGAAAGAGAACGUGAUUUUAUCCAACAAAUGAUGGAUCCAUCUAAGGCAAAACCCUUUUCACUACCCGUUGCAAUUAAAGCUACCUUGAGAAAGUAUCAACAAGAGGGUAUAAAUUGGUUGGCUUUCCUAAAUCAUUACCAUUUGCAUGGAAUCUUAUGUGACGAUAUGGGUCUGGGUAAAACAUUACAAACUAUCUGUAUCAUUGCAAGUGAUCAAUAUCUGAGACAAGAAGAUUAUAAAACUACGAAAUCUGUAGAGACGCGGCCUCUGCCGUCAUUAAUUGUCUGUCCUCCAUCGUUGACCGGCCAUUGGGAACAAGAAUUUGAACAAUACGCGCCCUUUUUAACGGUUUUGGUUUAUGCUGGUGGUCCAUCGACUAGAUAUCCACUGAGAGGGAAAUUGGGCGAUGCGGAUAUCGUGGUCACCUCUUAUGAUGUUGCUAGGAAUGAUAUCGAUAUUAUUUCGAAACAUGACUACAACUAUUGUGUCCUUGAUGAAGGCCACAUAAUAAAGAAUUCACAGUCAAAGCUUGCAAAAGCUGUUAAGAGUAUACGAGCUAACCAUAGGUUAAUCCUUACAGGUACUCCUAUUCAAAACAAUGUUGUGGAGCUUUGGUCCUUAUUCGACUUUUUGAUGCCUGGCUUUUUAGGUUCAGAAAAAGCCUUCCAAGAACGGUUUGCCAAGCCAAUCGCCGCUUCCAGAAACAGUAAAACCUCUUCAAAGGAACAAGAAGCUGGUGCACUGGCACUGGAAGCUCUGCAUAAACAGGUGCUUCCAUUUAUGCUGAGAAGAUUGAAGGAGGAUGUUUUGUCGGACUUACCACCAAAGAUCAUUCAGGACUACUACUGUGAAUUAAGUGAUCUACAGAGGCAGCUAUACAAGGACUUUGCAAAAAAACAGAAGAACAUUGUUGAACGGGAUAUUGAAAAUACGAUGGAACUAGAAAGCAAGAACCAUAUUUUCCAGGCUUUGCAAUAUAUGAGGAAGUUGUGUAACCAUCCCUCGUUGGUUCUAAGCAAAGACCAUCCACAAUACAAUCAAGUACAGGAUUACCUAUCACAAACUGGAAUGGAUAUUCAUGAUAUUGCACAUGCACCAAAACUUGGUGCAUUGCGUAAUCUCCUCCUCGAAUGCGGGAUUGGUGUUCAGGAUGUAGAUCAAAACAGCAUUUCACUCCCUUCAUCGGAGAACGUUAUUUCUCAACACCGCGCAUUAAUUUUCUGCCAACUCAAAGAUAUGCUGGAUAUGAUUGAAAACGACCUAUUCAAAAAAUACUUGCCCUCAGUCACGUACAUGCGGUUAGAUGGUAGCGUCGAAUCCCGCGAUAGGCAGAAGGUUGUCCGUAAGUUCAACGAAGACCCAUCCAUCGAUUGUCUUCUCUUAACAACAAAGGUGGGUGGAUUGGGUUUGAACCUAACCGGCGCAGAUACAGUCAUUUUUAUUGAGCACGAUUGGAACCCAAUGAAUGACCUUCAGGCGAUGGAUCGUGCGCACAGAUUGGGACAGAAAAAGGUUGUUAAUGUGUACAGGAUUAUUACCAAAGGCUCUUUGGAGGAAAAAAUCAUGGGCCUACAAAAAUUCAAAAUGAACAUUGCAUCAACAGUGGUGAACCAACAGAACGCCGGUCUAGCAUCCAUGGAUACCCAUCAAUUGCUAGACUUGUUUGAUACCGACAAUUCUCUUGCGCAGGUCAAGGAGGAAAAGGCAGGUGCCAUCUCCGAUGACGUCACGAAUGAAACUGGGUUGACAGGAAAAGCAAAGGAAGCUGUCAGUGAGUUGAAGGAAUUAUGGGAUUCUUCUCAGUACGAGGAAGAAUACAAUUUGGACAAUUUUAUCAAAACUUUGCGUUGA